GUUUCGUCACAAUUAAAUUAAAUGUUAGAUUCACUAUGCAGUAAUAUAAUUCAGAAUAGUAAUAUAAUUUUCUCUUUAAUACUAAAAUUAUAGUACUCAGAAAUUUUGGACCACCUGCUUAAAAGAUGAGUCUAUACUUCGUCACUUAUCAUGCAGAUGGCGCUCACAACUCCCUCUAUUUACUUUCAUUUUGUGAUUCUUUCUUGAGCGAUUUCUUUUCGGAUCGUUUGUUCUUAACAAAAAUAUAAUUGCUCAAGUUUUUAAGUAAUAAUUAUUGCGUUACUUUGAUAUUUCAUCGCCAUGAGUAAACGUAUACGAUCAGUAAAUUGUUGUAAUCCAUUCAAUGAGUCACGUAAGUAACUAAUACAGUGCACUUGACCUCUUAUGUAUAACCUCUACGUAGAACCAAUUAAAUUAAUGGCCUUGUGUUUAAUAUUGACUUUUGAUAUCUAAUUAAACGAAACUUUUAGAUAAAAAAAGAGUUAAAGAUUUAAGAAAAUUUCCUGACGAAGAUCGUUGGAAAUUUCCUGACUUAGAUGACACUUCAAUGUUAUGUGUGCGUUGUCGAUUCCGUGUCAAAAAAUAUAUUCCGCCGGCAUCAAAGGAAGACGAAAUUAUUUCAAGUCAAAUUAGUGUUGAAAGUCUGAGUAUAUCAGCUGAAAUUUGUACUCAAGGAAGCGGUUUAUCUCGAACUGUCAGUAAUUUUAGCGACAAUCUAUGUGAUUACAAUGAUCAUUCUUUAGAGCGAUUUUUGAAAAUUCCUCUUAUUGAAAAAGACAGGUUAUAUUCUGAAAAAAAUUAUGGAAUAAAAAAACUUGAUGAGAGCUAUGCUGCCCUAGAGAAUAAGUUCCAAUCACAAUUUGGAAUAGUACCUGAAUCUACCUACAGAAAGAUUAAUCAAGAUCAUUGUUCCAUGAUAGCUAAAGUGAAGAAAUUAUAUAACGCUGAAAGUGAAAAGUAAAU